AUGCUCGUUGGCUCCUCUGCGCGAUGCUGGCUCCUCCUCGUCUGCCUUGCUGUCCUCUGUGCGGCCGCACUCGCUGAGAAUGUGACCAUACAGUCCACUGCGUCGGAGAUCGCGUACAGCCCGCCUGCAUGCAACACCACGGCGGCGUCGUGCGAGAGUGCAUGGUACGUCGCAAUCUCCCCGGACGACCCCACCGCACUCGUCACCUCUACGAGCGGGCCGACCAACGGGAGCGCCGCCCUCGUCCCGCAGCUCUUCCUCACCUUCACCGGCACGGCGCUCUACAUCCGCACCUCCAACGCGUCCACCGCCGUCGUCAACGUCAGCCUCGCCACGCACAAUCCUGACUUCGCCAUCACCGCGACCGUCGACACCGCGGAGACCGCAAAUGGACUGAUCACCGUCGUCGGGCUUCCGAGCGACCGCCCGACGACGCUCACGAUGAUGUUCGUGCCGUCGCUCACCGCGACGACGCUCGACGUCUCCAAUAUCACGAUCGUCACGACAGGUAAUGAGUGCGUGUCAGUGUUCCACUUGCUCGUGUGCUCCGGGCUGAAUGCGUUAUGGUCCCGCAGUUCGCCGUUCUCGUCCUCACCGUUACCCAGUUCCACUGCAAUACCCACCUUCUCGCCCGUCGUAUCCCCGGCGACGUCUUCACAAGCGUCCUCGAAGCAAACGCACGACGACAUCAUCGCUGAGGUGCUCGGCGCCGUCCUCGGGGUCGUGGUCUGCCUCUUUGCUGCUGUCGGUCUACUCUUCUGGAAAAAGCGUCGGCGGAAACAAGUGUACCCACCUCAGACUCCCGGUGACUGA